CCGGAGGCGCGUUUGCGGGAUUGGUAUCAGCGCCGUUAAGGAGAGCUAAGUGAGUGAUAACCUAAAUAUAUUUUCGUGAGAAAUAAAUCCCUUUGAACAUAAAUGAACGUAUUCUGGCAUAUUAUAUCGGUAACUGGCAGGGCUCCUUGUGGCUGUGUUCAGACGCGCUAAAGACAGCCAAAAGAAAUGGAUCCUAAGUUGCAUGAUGUUCGUCAUACAGUUAAAGAAGCAGUUGGCACCCUAUAUUCUUCCAGAGAUAGUGCCCAGAUUCAGAAGACUUUGUGGACAAUCAGGAGGUACCUGGAUCAAUCUGAAAAUCCACCCUCUGUGAAAGAGAAGGAAGAAUUUAUUCGCAAUCAUUUUACUACCUUCGUUCAGUGUCUGCUCAGCAACCUGAGUCCUGAUUGGCCAGAGCAAUUUCCAUCAGAGGAAGCCAAAGAACUGUGGGCUAGCUUUUUCAUUGAUGGACCAGCAGAUCAAUCUUUUAUGGUUCUAUUAGACAAUAUAAUUUCUACAGAGCCAAGUUUUUGUCUGAAUAAAGCUGUUGACACUCUGGAGCAAUUCUUGCAGAAGUCCGGACUCUCUGCUUUAAUAUGGGAAAUCUGCAAGCAACACACCGAAACCGGUUCUCCAGUUCUGCAGGAAGUGAUCCUCAGCAAAGUUGCAUGUUUACCUGACCACUUAGGGAACAAACUCCAGGGAGACAACCGGCCCAUCUUCUUCCCUCAAAAUUAUUUUCCGUUGCUUGGUAUGGAAAUUGUCCAGGUGAUGGAGAGGAUUUCUGGUUCGCUACGAGGUGGCUUGGAUUGCUCCAUCUCCUUUGUAUCUCGGGUGUUAGGAAAGGUCUGCGUGCACGGGAGACAGAAAGAACUCUUAAGCGUGUUGGUGCCUCACCUAACCAGUCGUACUCAGUCUGACUGCAUCUGGCAGAGAAUCUGUUGGCGACUCUUUGAGAGUGUGCCGGAUCGCUGGAUGGAAGCCGUGGUCUGUGGCUUGGUCCGGGCAACCCCAGGGCCUGCUGUGUUGUCGCGAUUGCUGGGGAAUUUGGUGGUCAAGAACAAGAAGGCCCAGUUUGUGAUCACACAAAAGUUGUUGCUGCUUCAGUACAGCCUUCCGACCAAGGUGCUGCAGACUCUCCUUGGAUACCUUGCCCUGGACAUCACACGGCGCCCCUUGCUGACCAAAAUACUGAGAGAGCUGCUGGAGACCUGGAGUAGCAGCAGUGCCAUGAAACACUCCCCAGCCGAGCAGCAGCUGUACAUUAGCAAGGCCGUCCUCCUCUGCCUCUCUCACCUGAAGGAAGAAGAAAUCUCCGCCAACCGGCAAGAGCUGCUUACCAGCCUGAUGGGAGGGAUGAAGUGCCACCUGGACAGUAACUUGCCCCGGAUCCGUCGGAUGGGAAUGGUAGUGGCGGAAUGUGUCAGCAGCAGGCUAACACCGGAAGGGCCCACCUUGGAGUUCCAGUACGAAGAAGAUGAUGAGAUUAAAGAACUGAAAUCCUUGCUAACUCAAAGACUGGAAGAGACUUCAGACACUGAGCCUCCAAACACUGGGGACAGCAGACCCAACAUGGCAGCCAGUGCUGUUCUACAUUCCAGUGCGACACCAGACUUGGAUGCUGCUGAAGAACCAGAACAGGGAGUUGACUCUGAGCUCGACAGUGAUGACGACCUUGUUCCGUAUAACAUGUCACAGGAUAAAGAGUUGAAGAAGAUCAGAGCUCCCACCUACAUCAGGGAUUGCGUUGAAAUUCUGACGGGGCCUGAAGAUGCAGACAAAUAUGAAGCCACCAUGGGUGUCCUGGAAGCACUGAUCCGGAGGGACACAGCCACCGCUCAAGAGAUGAGUGUGGAAUUGGCAAAAGUCUUGCUCCACCUGGAAGAGAAGAGCUACAUUGAAGGGUUCCUGGGGCUUCGGCAAGGUGCCUUGGUGGCUGUUACUGUCACAGACCCCAUCCGAGUGGCUCAAUAUCUGACCUCUGAAUUCUACUCCCUGAAUUACAGUCUGCGUCAACGUAUGGACAUCCUGGAUGUGCUGGCCGUGUCUGCCCAGGAACUGUCUCGGCCAACUUCACCUCGCUCGAAACAGAGUCCCAGCUGCCCCAGAAUCCAAGUCCUCUCCCACAACUCUUCUCCAGACUGGCAGAAAGUGGUGGAUGAGAGGAUCAGAAGCAAGACCCGAAGAUUUGCAAAGGGCCGGUCCCAGGCAGAACCUUUGGGCACCCCUAACCAGUUUGCCCCAGUUGCUGGCUGUUUUUUCUUCCCACUUCUUCGGACCUUUGACAGGCCUCUGACUACCUUUGACCUUUUGGGGGACGAUCACCUGGUCCUGGGCCGGCUGGUGCACACCUUGGCAAUUCUCAUGUACUUUGCAGUCAACGCUGCGGUAACAGCUGCAAUGGGAAAGGCGUUGCUAGAGUUUGUUUGGGCCCUGCGUUUCCACACCGACACAUAUGUGCGGCAUGGCCUUCUGUCUUCAGUCUCCUCCAUACUCCUCAGUGUACCUGCAGAGCACCUUCUAGAAGACAUGAUGGAGGAACUUCUAGAGACUCAAGCCUGGCUGGCAGAUGUUGCGGAGAAGGACCCAGAUGGUGACUGCAGACAUUUAGCCCUGCAGAAUCUGCUGCUGAUGGAAAACUUAAAAAAAAAAGCUUGAAACAGCUCCUCUACAGAGUAGGAUAGUUUGAUGCUAAAGAUGCUCUCUGAACAGCUGGUGGCUGCAAAUGACCCCAGGCCCUGGAGGAGGAAAGGACAAAGGGCCCUGAGCUGGAGGCCAGGGGCAUCUGCGUUUAGCGUGGACCCUACAACGUACAGGUGCUGUUGCUAACGCACACAAAUUCUGUCCUAGUUAGUUACGGUCCCUAGCCAACUUACGAAAGUCAAAAGCAA